GCUGCCACGUCCGCGAAGAAAGGAGAGAAGAGCGAUAAGGACGUCCAAACGAGAGGAGGCAAUCGACGCACUGCGCGCGUGCAAGACUUCAUCAAGCAGUUUUUCAGCAAGAAAAACAACGGCAAGGAAGCCUGGAAGAUAAGCGAAAGCAGCUCGGACACGACGGAUUCCGGCGAGGUCGACUCGGCGUCGGCGCCCUGGACCAAGAAAGCCACCAAGAGAUCCAGUCCUCUGGCCAGGGCGGAGUCGAUCAAUCCCGAGCGAGCCAUCGGCAGCACAGGCGAGGCCGGCUUGCGAAUCAUCAGCAACUGGAAGAACGACUUCUCCACCAACUUUUACGCCAAGGCCAACGCGUCCAAGUACUGCGAUCCGGGCUGCAGACGCGGCGACGAGCCCAACUGCAGCGACAAUUGCAAAUUCGUCAAGACCAAUUGCCGCAAUUUGUCCAAUUACACGCGCUGCCUGAACAAGACGAAAGGCGAGAACGAAUCCGAGUCUUCGGAUUAACACGAUGUUGAAUCAACACGAGGACGGAUGACGAUAUUGUUGCCGAAUUAUUAAAUUGUAGUGAUGAUUCCGUGCAAUAUGCAUUUCGAUCGUUUUGAGAUGUAUUUAGCAUUUGAA